UACAUGAAUGUGACAGAAGUAUCAAAGGAGGAAACAGAAGCACCAUGGAGAUUAGAAUAUGAAUAUUUAUAAUCUUUAAUUGCAGAAUUAGAAAAAAGAAAGGAAGUUUAAAUAGUAGAGAAAAUAGUGACAGAUAAUUCAUAAAUUGAAUUAUUAGAAUCUCAAUUAAGAUAAUUAAGAACAGAAAAUAAUUAGUUGACAAUUCAAUUAUAAUCAAUGAGAGGAGAAAUUUAAUUGAAGAGUUCAUAAGCUGAUGACUUAGAUGCAAAGAAAAAGAAUUUUUUAAUUUGAGACUUAAAUUUGAAUAAUAAAUCAGAGAUUAUGAGGAUUAGAUUAGAAGAUUAUAAUAAGAAAAUACAAUUUAAGUAAAAAAAAUGAAGAUUUGAUUUAAAAGAUAAGAAAUUUGGAAGUGAAAUAUAUUAAUAGUAUUAGGUCAAAUUAGCAAUGUUAUCUUCAGAAAUAGAGAGAUUAAAUUAUACAAUCAAAGUAAAGGAAGGAGAUUUAGAAGAUUGGAAACUAAGAUAUACUGAUUUAGAAUCUUAAGAUAAAACAGUUCUUUAAGAAAAAGUAACAUAUCUUUGUUCAGAAGUUGAAGUUUGGUUAAAGAAAUUCAUUAAAGUUAAUCAUGAUUAUAAUGAAUGUUAAGAAUAAUUAAUAAUUUGUUAAGCUGAAUUAGAAGCCUUAUAAAAAGCAUAACAGAAAGUAAAUGUUCUUAAUUAUUAUAAUUUUUAGUAAGUUGUAGUAACUACAUCAGAGGUUAUAUCAAGAACUGGUGGAACAACUACUACUUCAUCUAUUGGAUAGACAAGAAGUAGCAGAACAUAACAAUAAUUUUAACCGUGA